AUGCCUGGCUUCGACUUCUCGAAUUACAAUCGAAAUGCAGCGCUCCAUGCCAAAGGAGUUCCACUGCCGAAGGCCACAAGCACUGGGACGACUAUAGUCGGGUGUAUCUUCAAUGGCGGCGUGGUGAUUGCGGCAGAUACUAGAGCUACUAGCGGGCCGAUAGUUGCGGAUAAGAAUUGUGAGAAACUUCACUACAUUACUCCUUCGAUAUGGUGUGCAGGUGCUGGCACAGCAGCGGAUACGGAGUUCACUACCGCCCUCAUCAGUUCUAAUCUCGAACUUCAUGCACUCUCUACCGGCCGGAAACCGCGUGUCGUAACGUGCAUGACCCUCUUAAAACAACAUCUGUUCCGCCACCAAGGUCAUAUCGGAGCAUACCUGGUUGUGGCUGGAGUUGACCCUACAGGAGUUGGCCUGUAUACUGUUCACGCUCACGGGUCUACCGAUAGGCUUCCUUAUGUAACUAUGGGAUCAGGUUCCCUGGCUGCAAUGUCCGUAUUCGAAACGAUGUGGAAACCCGAAUUGACGAAGGAAGAAGCAAUUGCUCUUUGUUCGGAAGCCAUCAAAGCCGGUAUUUUCAACGAUCUUGGCUCCGGCAGCAAUGUCGAUGUUUGCGUGAUUGAACAAGAUAAACCCUCUCAGCUACUGAGAAACUACAUUAAACCCAACGAGCGGGGCAAGAAAGAGAGAAACUAUCGUUUCCAGAAGGGCACUACUGCUUGGCUAGACCAAAAAAUUAUCACCAAGGAAGAAAUAGGACGAUAUGUGACCGUUCAGGAAUUGGGAGCCGAGGGAGCCAGUGCUGUUGUCGAGAAGAUGGAUGUUGAUUCUUAG